CUCGCGGCCACGUGACCAGCGCCAACAUGGCGGCGCCCAGCGGCGUCCACCGGCUCGUCCUCAGAGGUUGUCAUAGAAUUUUGUCUUUACCACUCAAUCAUAUCUGCUUACACAAGCAGUCAAGCAGUCAACAAAGAAGAAAUUUCUUUUUCCGGAGACAAAGAGAGAUUUCACACAGUAUAGUUUUGCCGGCUGCAGUUUCUUCAGCUCAUCCAGUCCCUAAGCACAUAAAGAAGCCAGACUAUGUGACGACAGGCAUUGUACCCGACUGGGGAGACAGCAUAGAAGUUAAGAAUGAAGAUCAGAUUCAAGGGCUUCGUCAGGCUUGUCAGCUGGCCCGUCAUGUCCUCCUCCUGGCUGGGAAGAGCUUGAAGGUUGACAUGACAACUGAAGAGAUAGAUGCUCUUGUUCAUCAGGAAAUCAUCAGUCAUGAUGCCUAUCCUUCACCUCUAGGCUAUAGAGGUUUUCCAAAAUCUGUUUGUACCUCUGUAAACAACGUGCUAUGUCAUGGUAUUCCUGACAGUCGACCUCUUCAGGAUGGAGAUAUUAUCAACAUUGAUGUCACGGUCUAUUACAAUGGCUACCAUGGAGACACCUCUGAAACAUUUUUGGUGGGCAAUGUGGAUGAAUGUGGUAAAAAAUUGGUGGAGGUUGCCAGGAGGUGUAGAGAUGAAGCAAUUGCAGCUUGCAGAGCAGGGGCUCCCUUCUCUGUAAUUGGAAACACAAUCAGAAUUUAUUCUUCAGUAGAAGGGGGCAGAGAACACUGGAUUCUUAUUCAAGCAUUCUAUCGAGCUCUGCAUUCAUGGCUGUGUCUAAAGGGCAUGUCAGCCUUUGAUUCUCUCUGAGAGGUAAUUAUCCUUUUCCUGUCACGGAACAACAAAUGAUAGCUAACUACAGAGGCACAUUUGCAGUAGUCACAUUCAUCAACUGCAGAAAAAAAAAAUUCAAUUUAAUUGUGCAACACAGCUGCACAUGGGCUUUUGAGCAUUUCUGUUGUUCUCCCUGUCUCGCUAUUCCUCCCUCCAGAUCUAUUUUUUAAACUUUUUUUCUGGUUAUUUUUUCCCCCUUUUUGUCUCUUCUUCCAUUUUUACUCUCUGUACUUUCUUGUUAAAGUAAUUUUCCUUUGUGGCUCUCAUUCUUUUUUCCCCAUUGAAGGCUAUGAAUGUAGAAAAUUAUCACAAUUACUCAUAUAAUUGAGCCUCUUUGUAGCAAGUGCAACUCCAGUAGCCUUUCUCCAUCAUGAAAAUGGUUUCAUUAUAGGGUUUUUCAUAUUCUCUGACACCAUCUACACAGAGGAACAGGCGUGCAGAUGAGAUGUACUAGGAACAGGCUAGAUCAGUAAGGUCACAGUAGGAAUAAUUAGCUCUGCUAUGGAAAGAGCAUCUAGGCCUUUUACUGCUACAUAAAUGUACUGUCCGUGGCUUUUAGUCACAAAAAAACUUACUAACAAAUGGAGCUCCCGCCUACUACUUUGAAAAAAAGAUUUGUAUCAACACUACAAUUUUCCAUCAUUAAGACUAAUAACACAGAGCCUAGUAUACAUCAAGGGGAAUAAAAAGAAAAAUCUCACAUUCAAGUGGCGGCUGGGUGCUGACCUUUGUUCCCUUUUUUUGUGUACGACUUAACUCUUUACAAAAAAGAGCCACACGCCACACCAACAUGCAGGUGAACUCCAGCUAGUACUAGCAAAGCAUAGCAUUCAGUCGGAAAAUCUGAUAAAUCUCCAUGCAGGAUAAUGCAUUUCAUUACAUAUUCACUACAUUAAUUCUAGCUACAUAAAAAAAAGAAGAAGAAGGAGAGUAGAAUUGAAAGUGACAUUGGAUUUUAGCUAUCUGGAUGCAAAGGUCAGUUUUUGCAGAGCGUGGAUUUGCAUAUACAAGCUCCUUUGAAAACCAGAUCUGUCCCAACAACUGCACUUACAAAACUAUGUGGAAAAUAACAGACAAUGAACUUUUUACUUUUACCCUAAUACAUUUCAUUAUUUAGAUGGUUUAUGUCUGCCACGGGGGAGGAAACUGGCCCCAAUUGUAACGAAUGUUUGUUCUGAUGUGUUACGGCACUGUUCCUGGACAUCUAUUAUUUCGCCUUUUCUUAUUCAGGCAAAAUCUCAAGGGAGUAAAUAAACAAUCUCCAUCUUUAAGCUAAAAGUACUUGGAAUCAUUACAGACUGAAGGUUUACAAACAUCUUUCAACUCAGUCUCGUUUAUUUUAAGAUAUUCACCAUCUUUUGCAUAGCCUCCCUCUACUGAUACACCAUGGAAAGAACAUUCAAGCAUCUUUUAUUAGCAUUAUGUUACCAAAAACCUAGUGAUCUUUAUAGGAAAUCCUGAAAUUCUCUGAAACCUAGAGGAUAGGAUGAUAUCUCUGAAGAAGUAUUGGCUGAAAUAGUUUAAUGAAAAGAGUUCUCUGGGUGCCCUUUGCUUCAUGAGGGAUGGCUACUGAUCUUCAGGUUACAGUGUUUUUGUACUCACUGUUCCUCCAUUUGCUUUAAAAUAUAUCUAAAUCUGUAUUUUUGUAAUUAUCUCUAGAUGAUGUUAUCUGUACAUAUGAGAAUAUUGUGAAUGUGUAGAUUCAUGCAUCACAAAUAUGUGACAGUUCAAUCAAAAAUAAUUUAAACUUAUACUUGUAAAUGUCAUGAUGAAAGUAUCAAUAAAUGAUUUUUAAUGUUUAAUUCUUAAGUAUAUGUUUUGAUAUUAAUUUAGAAGGAUAUAAAGCAGAUUUUUAAAAAUAAUC